AUGAGCGGCGGGGGCGCUAGGGUUUCGAUCCCGGCGGGCGUGCGGCGGACGAUCCAGAACAUCAAGGAGAUCGCCGGCAACCACAGCGACGAGGAGAUCUAUGCAAUGCUCAAGGAGUGCGGAAUGGAUCCCAACGAGACCGCCCAGAAGCUGCUGCUCCAAGAUCCCUUUCAUGAGGUGAAAAGGAAGCGCGAUAAGAGAAAGGAGACUGUGAGGGAGCCUGCUGAUUCUAGGUGGAGGCCAGGACUGCAGGGACGAGGAGGUAGGGGAGGUCGAGGAAACUACCCACGAUCUGUGCCUAGUGAUGCUGCUGCUGGAAGAAAUGUUACUUCAGGGAAGGAUAAUGGACUAAACCAAGGUACGGAUAAAGCCAAUACAUCCUCUUCAUCCACCAUUCCUGACACAGAGAAUAGGUCUGCAAUUUCCAUACCAAGCUCCAUUUCUGGUGUUGCCAGUGAUCCCAGCAACAUAAAUCAUCCAAUGUUGUCUCAGGGGUCCAAUGUAUCUGAUGUGAGUGGCAUUGCCCAGUGGGAUAAAAGUUCUGGGGCUGUAGCUACUAAGCCAGGGAUUUCCGGGUCAGUUCUUAAAGAUGUAAACCAUGGUUUUGCAUCUGGACGCCCAGAUUCAGACCAAUGUUCAUCAGACAAGACAGCGGCACCUGUUCUGGAGAUCUAUGCUUCAGUCUCAGACCCUGUGCUAGUGCCAUCUCUUGAUACACACAAAGCUUGUGAGUUGGAGGCUGUUAAACAAGUAACAGGGAUCCAGAGCUCCAUUGUUGAGACUGCCACUAGUAGGGCUGCAUCUAGGGAUAUAUCUGGAUAUAAGUUAUCAUAUAUAAGUGGAAAAGGUUCUUCUGACAGUAGUGAUGCCUUCAUCCAUGGAAAGAUACAGAUCAAACCACAAGGACCUGGAAAAAGUGAACUCUCAGAAAAAUCUCAUAGUAAAUCUUCUUUUUCUGGGUCUAUAGGCAGUAGACCAUCCUCUAAUUACAACAAUCGUUCUCAACAUCUUAGUGGUUCACAGAAAGCACCUGUUCCUAAUAAAGAGUGGAAACCAAAAACCAUACAAGCGAAUGCUGCUCAAGCAUCUGAAAUGACUGACACUUCUGAUGUAUUGGUGGUGGCUGAAGCUGUUGCUCAAUCGUUACCAGCAGCAUGUUCUGUGACCACAGAGGAACCUGCUGUGAAGUUGGAAAAGAAGGUAAAUGAACUGAAGCUAACAGAGAAACAACAUGUCAUUAUUCCAAACCAUCUUCAAGUGCCAGAGUCUGAAAGACAUGGCUUGAGUUUUGGCAGCUUUGAUGCCAAUUUUGAGUUGAAUAUGGUUGCUGCAAAUGGCCCUGCUAGAGUUGAAAUUGAUACACCAUUUUCUGAGUCACCUGAGAUUGAAGAAACUAUCGAGAAGCCAUCUUUAAGCAUUCAUACUGCAUCCUCAGCUGCUCAAGAAGCGGACUCUCCGGAUCAUCCUCAAUCACCUGAACAGGUGCCAGAUAGUUAUUCAACCGAAGAAGCUGGUGUUUCUGCUAGUAAAUCUGCUGCAGCGGAAUAUGACCAAUCUAAACAACAAGCCAAUGUGUCUCCAGAAGGCCCUCAGAAUUUGGUCAUUCAAUCUGCACCAUCAUAUCCAUCACUAGGAAUGACACCACAAGUUCUCGGAAGCCAAUUUUCACCUUUUGAGAACUCGGAACCACAGGCUCGUGAUAGCUCCCGUCUUCCAAACUUUCUGGUGCAUCAACCCUAUGACCCAUCCACAAGCUACUACACACCAUUCUAUCGACCUACUGGUGAUGCUGAUGGUCGAAUCUCUCCAUUUCUUGCAUCCAGUGCCUCCUCCAGGUACAAUGCGAACAUUGCAGUCCUACCGGCUCAGACAGGCCAGACUUCUCAAGAGAAUACCAACUCCGCUGUGCUCUCUACAGUUGGCUCAACUCUUGCAACUCAAGCUGCAGGUGCUAUGCAGGGUUCAGUUGCUAUUCCUCAGCAACCAGUUCCUGUCUUCCGGCAACCUGCUGGUUUACAUUUAUCUCACUACCCUCCCAACUACAUUCCAUAUAACCAAUACUUUUCUCCAUUUUAUGUUCCUCCCCCUACCCUUCACCAUUUCUUGAGCGGUGCCGCAUUCCCUCAGCAACCUCCUACUGGCAGCAUGUAUCAGACUCCUGGAGCUGCAACUCCUGCCACUGCUGUCAAGUAUUCUAUUCCACAAUACAAGGCUGGUGCUAACAUUGGUAAUUCUGCAAUUGUUGGGUUGCCAACUGUUUAUGGAACAUAUAGCUCGACUCCAGCUGGCUAUACAUCUGGUCCUGCUGCUAGCAGUGGAAACUCAACUGCCAAUGAGGAUCUUGGGUCUUCCCAAUUUAAGGAGAACAGUGUUUAUGUUCCAGGACAACAGCAGAGUGAAGGUUCAGCUGUCUGGAUUCCAGCACCUGGACGGGAUAUAUCUGCACUUCAAGCUAGCUCUUUCUACAGCAUUCCUCCUCAGGGACAACACAUGACUUUUGCAGCAGCGCAAGCUGGCCAUGGUGCUUUCAGUGGAAUUUACCCCCCAACACCAACUGUCGCAGCUUCUGUUCAUCCAUUACUCCAACAGUCCCAGACUGUAGCUGGAGCUGUCGAAAUGUUGGGGCCCCCUGCUGGUGUUUAUCAACAGCCACAACGUGCACAGAUAAAUUGGACCAAUAACUAUUGAAAGAUGCCAAAUCUAAGUUACAGAAGCCAUAGCUCGGUGCUAAGGCGACGGUGGAUUCUAAUGAGAAGACAUUUCAAAUGCGGUGUCGAGUUGCCUGAUUGGAAAGAGUGGAUAUAUGAUAUCUAGAGGAUGGCCAUCCUGAACGGAAGGCUUCGGGAGUUGGAGUUGCUAGACUUUGAUAGUUCAGGCUAUACUUGUGACUGUUACUGACCAAAUCUAUGCUAGUUGUGUGGUCCCGCUCAAGUUCCUCGUCUUUAGUUGUUUGCUGCUCAUUCUUUAUCAAUUGCUUGUUCUCACUUUCUAAUCUGCUAAAGGUACUUCAGUCUGAGUUUCACUUCCACCAUCACGCUGCCUUUGCUUGUAAAGUAAAUUUUGAUAGUGAAAAAUGUAGAACAAACAAUAAUAUUUGGUGUAAUUGAGAUAGCAGCACGUCAUUUUUUGUUCGGUA